CGUGAAACCGGCAGUAAGCCACUUGCGUUUUAUGAAACCAGAAACCACCAUUUUGUCACCACCGCCCGCAAUCCUAUAUAGCUCCUGCGAAUCACACUUUGGUUGAUGUCCGAACAAGACAGCUGAAGCAACAGAACCGGAGAAAAGCCAGAGGAGGAAGAAGAGAAGCGGAAAUUGAGGAAAAAUGGGGGAUAACAUGAACAUGUUUCAUUACAGUAGUGGGUCUUCUUCCGAUGAUAUGUCGCAUUUUGUCCGUCAGAUUUUGGUCCGUUCGUCUUCUAUGUCUGCGGCGACGGCUAUGGCCCACGGGGGCCCGCAGGCCCGAGGGAAUAACUCUUACUCUCCUGGUGGUGGUAUGAAGCAGGUGAUCAUGGGUGUUGAUGGGUGUGAGCGGGGGGGCUGGGGAUCGGGUGCUGGGUUGUUGGGGGAUGUGAGAGGGUCUUGUUCGGUUGGGGGUAGUGAGAAUGAUACUGAUGAGUAUGACUGUGAAAGCGAGGAACAUCUUGAAGCAGUGGUGGAUGAGGCACCGGCUAAGCCUGCUCCAUCACGUGGUUCAUCAAAGAGAAGCAGAGCUGCAGAGGUCCAUAAUUUGUCUGAAAAGAGGAGGAGGAGUCGGAUUAAUGAGAAAAUGAAAGCCUUGCAAAAUCUCAUUCCAAAUUCUAACAAGACGGAUAAAGCUUCUAUGCUUGAUGAAGCUAUUGAGUACCUUAAGCAGCUUCAGCUUCAAGUUCAGAUGUUAACAAUGAGAAAUGGAUUAAGCUUGCACCCCAUGUGCUUACCUGGAGCAUUACCACCCAUCCAACUUUCUCAGACAAGAGCUGCUUUUGCUGAGGAAGAUGAAUCUUUGCAUAUGAAUUCAUCAGGCACGCUUCCCAUGAACCAAGGAGCUGGAGGACAGACUAUUUUCAGUCUGCCGAACCAAUGCACUGUCUCAAACCAUCUACCAGUCCAUAAUAUUCCCAGUCUAAUUAAUCCAGAAACUUCAUAUGGAUUGGAAUCAUCAAUCCAGGCUCAGUUUGGGUCCUUUCAGCUUCUCACAUCAUCUGAGGGCAUCUGCAGGGAAGACGUUCUGCCGCAUCAAUUAAACAUGAAUCAUUCCAAGGCAAAUCCAUCAGCUUCACUCCCCUUCAGUGAAUCUGAUCUAAUUGGAAGUGACCAUUCAGAGGGUGUGCUCUUGAAGAAUAUCGAGCACAAUCUUAUACUCUCUUCUCACCUAACAAGAAUGGAAGCAGGAAGUUCACCCAACAAUGACAUCAAGGCAGAAAGACCAAACUUUUGAAUUUGCUGGAUUAAUGGUACGGUAUUAAGCUUUUUGAGUUAGUAAGCAUUGGAAGUGAAUGCCAUAUUUUAACCUGCCUAUUUAACCAUGAAGUGGCACUUGAGCAUUAACUUGUCAAUGCACUGGGGAAUGCUUGGGACUAAAAUGGAGGACUGAAGUAAACUAUUCUUGAUGUUCUUUUUCCACUUUUAUUAAUUUAGUACCUACUCAGUUCCAUAUGUAUGAGAUCUCUGCAUUUCCUCUCAUUUACAUGACAAAAUUUAUGUCCGUGGAUUGUGGGGCAUUGCUCAUCGUGUGUACGGCCGGAUAAUUUGCAAUAGCAACAAAUUGGAAUGGGGCUG